AUGGCCGACCAAACUUCAACACCAGCACCCGAUCACGAGAUCCCCAGCUUGCCCGCAUCACCUCUCCCCAAGCGAACAAAGUACACGGAGCCAUCAAACCUCUCMGUAGCUUCAAUCCUCAACGACCAAGCUCCAACUCCGACCCCAGACAUGCCUUCUACAAACCUACCCACUCUCCCUCCCGUAUCAUUCGAGCCUCCGCCUCCAGCUCUUCAAGUCAAGCUCCUCUCUUCCACAGCACAACCUCCCACUCGUGGAUCAGCUUUUGCUGCUGGCUACGACCUCUACGCUUCCAAAGCAUCCACCAUCCCAGCGCGGGGUAAAGUGCUUGUGGAUACAGACAUCAGCAUUGCGGUUCCAGCAGGCACAUACGGAAGAGUCGCACCGAGGAGUGGACUGGCGAGCAAGCACUCAAUAGACGUGGGAGCUGGAGUGAUUGAUGCAGACUAUCGAGGGCCGCUCAAGGUGCUGCUGUUCAACUUUGGAGAUGCAGAUUUCGAGGUUGCGGUGGGAGAGAGGGUUGCGCAGUUGAUUGUUGAAAGGAUCUACACGCCGGAGGUAGUGGUUGUGCAGGAUUUGGAGGAGAGUGUUAGAGGUGCUGGAGGAUUUGGAAGUACGGGUGGCUUUGGAGGUACAUUGCCGGGCAUGCAGAGUGGGAUGCCGGGUGUUUGA